AUGAAUACUCGAAGAUCAGCUGCUAGAAGGUCCGAGGAAGAAAUUGCUAAUGUGGGAGAUCAAGACGACCAAGUGCCUCCACAAGAUAACCAAGUACCUCCACUUGAAAAAGUUACUGUAGGUGAUCAAGUUCUGAAUGUUCCUCCAACGAUGAACGAUAGAGAUAUAAGGGCUCGUAAUGAUAGGGUGUCUAACACUGAGUCUCAAAAGGGAAGAGGUACUAGCUCACCAAGAAAGAAGCAAACUUGUGAAAAGUGUGGCGAAAAGCAUUAUGCUGAUUGUCUUGUUGGGAUGGACAAUUGCUUUGGGUGUCGCAAGAGUGGACACAAGGUUAGGGAUUGCCCUAAUGUGAAAGGGAAAGACAAAGGAAGCGGGCUAACUCAAACUAGUGGUUCAAAUGAUGAUGCUCCAAAGAAGAAUCAAUUCCAUGCACUUCGUUCUAGAGGUGAACAUGAAGUUCUCAGAUGUGGUGACCGGGUUAUGAAAAAAUCCGAGUUGAAUAAGUUAUGUAUGGAUGAGAACAAUUCAAUGUUUAACGCGGAAGUGCGAUGCAAGCAUGGAAUCUUACUGCAAAUGCAGACGUCUUGGUCAAAUCGCAAUCCCGGAAGACGAUUUUGGUCUUGUCCUCACUAUGAGGCCAUAAACUGUAAUUUCUUUAGAUGGAGAGACACGGAGAGAGUUGAUGAAAGAUCUCGUUUUGUUAUUCCUAAAUUGGUGAAUAGGAUUAACGAGUUAGAAAAAAAUUAUGAGCGUGUGAAGAUGCAACUGGAACAGCUUGAUAAUUCCAACAUUGAACAGUCAAAACUAGAGAAAAUUCCUUUGGAUGAAGGUGAAAGUCUUCGAAAUCGUAAUGAAAAUCUGAACAUCAAUUCAAAGGAGAAGGUUGACAACGUAAAAGAAAUGGGUGAAUUGAAAGACAAGAAGAAGAUGAAAGGGCUGAAAAUGAAGAAAACAAAUGAAGGCUGUUGUUUUGGCAAAUUCCUUUGUUGUGUGAUGAUUUGUUUUGUUGUUGUAUUUGUUAGUUUUCUUACCCAAGUUGGUAGGUAUAAGGAUCAUAUGAAAUUGCCAUAA